ACUUACAAUAAGGAAAAUGCACAGGCAACAAAUCACAAAGUGCUAACAAUAUUAGUAGUGCCUUAAUACCUAAUUUUAAGAGCAGUCCAAACUACACCUGAUUUAACAUAAACACAAAGAUCCAGGAUUUUUGCAAUAUUUAACUACAGCUAAGGUGCUCACUACAUUUAACACUUUUGUAUAAAAGUUUUCAUCUGACCUUUUCAAAGACUUGGUUUAUUUAUCAGUUAAUCUAGAAUCAAAUACAUCUUUAUUUGUAGCCAUUUUUGAAAUAUGCCUUUUAUAUUUAUUUGUUCAAAUUUGCUAGGCAACAGCAGUGCUUAUAUAAAGGCAUGUGUUCAUUUAUGUUCACAUUAUAAUCAAUGGCAUUUUGUUAAAUAACCUUUUAGUCAAACAAUUGCAUCUUUCUAGAGAUUUGAUGAAUGAUGUGUUGUGGACUGUUGAAAACAGCUGAUGUGCAGAAGCUCACAAUAGAUGAGUGGGACUGAACAGACUGGACGGUUCAGGCAUUUGGUUGGGGAGAAAGGGAGCGGAUUGGGUUGUUUCAGUCUCUGUUAGUCAGUUGUGUGAGGCACUUCAAUUGGGAGAUGGUUAUAACUUUCCAGACAUUCACAUAAUGCAAGAAUCAGAUGAAGACAUGGAGAAAAUUCCAGACCAAGUGGAUGGAGGAAGUAUGAGCGCAGGAAAGAAGGGUGCAGAUCAAAGAGAGAAGCAUCUAUCCUCUUCUGACUGGGACAGAAAAGGGACACCUGUACCCAUAGUGCCAUCAAACGUACCAAUUCCGGGCCCCACAAACGACCCCAUCCUUAUUUCCAUUGGCCCUCCACAUCGUUGCCCCUCUGUUUCCAGUGAGUCCCAGUACCAGGGUCUCGAGAGAGAGGAUGACUACGCCAACAGGCAUGCAUGGAGAAGGGAGAAUGUGCAAUAUUACCCGCCAACUAGUGAGGGUGGCGUCCCUAAACAAACAAUGGAUGAACUGAAAAGCGUGUUGCGUGAGAGCUCCCUACUGAGUGCAAAAGGGCAAGAUGAAGGAAGGAGCUACCCUCCCGGUCAAAGAGUGGACUGUAAGCCAGACCAGGUGCCUUCUAAGAGUUUCAGCACCUUCAAGCCAAUUUCAGAAGCUAGGAGAGCAUCCAGACUAAGGGAAGGAAGCUCUAGCUUGGAUUCAGGCGGGCCUUCAAGGACAGAUGGACCUCCACGCAGGUCCUCUCGUGUGAAUUCACCCACUGUUGAGACAUCCCACUGGGGUGAAGCUGGCACAUCACAUUCAGACAAAGAGAGCUCACAGGCACAGUCUUUUGCAUCUCAAAACUUCAUUUCUGACGUUGAGCACAUAAAACAGCAAAUUGCCCGGGAAAACAUAAGCUUUGUUCGCUUUGAGGCCACUGAUCUUCAUGGCGUAUCCCGAUCCAAGACCGUUCCGGCUCGAUUCUUUCAAGAAAAAGCUGUAUAUGGCAUCCCAAUGCCGAGAAGCUACCUGGAGUUAACCCUAAGUCCCAAAGUCAAUGAAGUUGAUCAUCCAAGUGCAGCCAACUUCAGCAGUGAUGUCCUCCUGGUCCCGGAUCUCUCCACAUUUCAAAUCCUCCCCUGGGCGGACCAGACCGCUCGCCUUAUCUGCGACCCCUGCACAAUCACUGGUAUACCACUGCGAACAUCACCCCGCCUCAUAGCCAAGCAGAUGCUCGGCCAACUCCAGAGCAUGGGAUUCUCUCUCCACUCAUCUUUCACCUAUGAGUGCUGUAUCUUCGGGGCCCCUGAACGAGUGGGACCCAAAGCUGUGUUCUUCCCUGCCACCACACUGUUGAGCAACUACGAUCUACCCUUCCUGCAGCAGCUAGUCAGGGGGAUGUACUACAUGGGAGUUGAUGUUGAGAGCUUCUCAUCUGCUAAUGGACCAGGACAGAUGGAGAUUUGCUUUAAACCCAGGUUUGGAAUCGAUGCCGCCGACAGCGCUUUCACCUUCCGCACAGGAAUCAAAGAGAUGGCCAGGAAGUUUGACUAUAUCGCCACCUUUUACACAGAUGACAACAUCCACAAUUCAGGAUUACUCUCCCAUAGCCUUUGGGAUGCCAGUGGCAGAAGAAGCCUCUUCCACUCGGGCAAUGGGGAAAUUUCGGAGAUCGGCAAGAAGUGGCUCUCAGGUCUUCUCCAGCACUCAGCUGCUCUGAGCUGCCUCUUGGCUCCAGGGAUCGGCUGUCGAAACCAGCUUUCCAAAGGCAAGAAAGAUUCCAAGAACUAUCUUUACGCCACAUGCGGCUGCAACGACAACAGCUGUGCCUUCAACGUGAAGGUUCAUGGUGGACGGGAGAUGCACAUCGAUAACAAGCUGGGUUCAGCAAUGGCCAACCCUUACAUCGUGUUGGCGGCCACGAUAGCGGCAGGACUGGAUGGUAUUAGGCGUAAUCUCAAUGCUGAACAGGUUCUAAGCAGAGCUCCAGUUCAGCAGAAACAGUUCCCCAUCCCUAUUAAACUGGACGAUGCUUUAGAGGCUCUGUCAGAGGACAGUGUGAUUUGUGGUGCACUGGGAGAGCCUUUCGUGCAGUAUUUUCUUGCCAUGAAGCGUGUAGAGAUUGAGACCCAAGAGCACGAUGCUGACAAGAACAAGGGACUUGAGUAUUUUAUUUAACAUCUGAAUUUGGUGAAUGAUUUUGUGUAUUCGAAACAAACAAAAUACAUUUAAUGACCAUCUGAUUUGGUAUUGAAGACAAGUAAUAUCUCUCUUGCAAAAAAUAUUUAAAAUAAAAUCAUACAACUGACUGGUAUCUGCUGUACACUGUCUGACUGAUUUCAUUUACAGAGAUAAUGGGGCUGAAUAGUCUCAACUUUAAAGUCAACUUAAUUUGCAGAUCGUUUACAUUCACAGUGAAGUGACGUGUAGCCAAGUAUGGUGUCCUAUACUUGGAAUUUGUGCUCUGCAUUUUACCCAUCCAAGUGCACACACACACAGCAUGAACACACACCCGGAGCAGUGGGCAGCCAUUUUGUAGCUGUGGUGCCAGGGGAGUGAUUGGGGGUUAGGUGCCUUGCUCAAAGACACCUCAGCUGUGGGUAAUGAGAGUGUAAGAAAGGAACAUCCAAAUCCAAUGUUAGCUUUACUUCCUGUCUCCUGAGAUACCUUCAUCUGAUCAAUUUUUAAAGCAGCAUAAUUGUAUCCUUCGCUGCUUUGGAUAUCCCACAAUCCUGUGCGUUCCAUUAAAAAAUAAAGAUGGCAUAAAAGUUUCGGUUGGUGGUCAGUUUGUGUGUAAAUGUAUGUUUUUGACCAACGCUUUCCACUUCUGAUGUCAUUUCUAGUGAGAAUUACUAUUGUAGUAAUUAAAUAUUUGCUUAGUUAUCACCAAAGCUCGCUCUAUUUUGCUGUAGAUCAUUAAACCGUUAUGCUGCCUAAGAAAUCUGUUUUGUGAUGUACCUUCAUGCGCAAACACUGCCUGCAAAGUCAUUGCUUGAUAGGACAGUGAGGCAACAAGUCAGCUGCCUAACCUUUCGGAUGCAGCCUUGGCCCUCCAGGAGCAGAAUUGGACACCCCCGGUCUAAUGUGUCUAGUGUGUUUAGUGCACACAGCUGAAUUUUACCUUGAUAGUAUUCCUGAGGUU